GAAGCAGUAGAAGUAAGAGCACAGUUGGAAAAGAAGAUGGCACAAAAAGAAAAGGAGAAGAAAGAAGAAAGUUUGCGACUACUGGCUCAAAAGGCAAGGGAACAAAGGGCUGGCAUUAAAAGAGUGGAUGAUGGAGAUGAUGAAGCCAGGGAGAGAGAUGAAUUGCGAAGAGACAGGCAAAAGGACAGGCAGAGGGAAAGAAAUCUUGCCAGAGCUGCACCAGAUAAAAGGUCCAAGCUUCAGCGCGACCAAGAUCGUGAUGUUAGUGAAAAGAUUGCCCUGGGACUUCCAAAUGCUGGGAGAUCCCAAGAUGCUCAGUUUGAUCAAAGGUUGUUUAACCAAAGCAAGGGAAUGGAUAGUGGUUUUAAUGAAGAUGAUUCAUACAAUGUGUAUGACAAACCAUGGCGAGGAGAUCAAGACAUUGCUGGCUCCAUCUACAGACCGUCCAAGAAUCUGGAUAAAGACAUCUACGGAGAUGAUCUGGACAAACUCAUCAACACAAACAGAUUUGUGCCAGAUAAGGAAUUUUCUGGAACAGACAGAACCAGAAGACGAGAAGGACCUGUUCAGUUUGAACGAGAUGAGGAGGAGGAUCCUUUCGGUCUCAAUAAAUUCUUGACUGAAGCCAAAAAAGGUGGUGCUGCCAAACGUCCAGCAGAGGACUCUCGGUCUAGUCGUGAUUAUGAUAAGGGCAAGAAAAGACGAGAUUACUGAUCUUGUGUAAACAGCAAGAUCUUGAUAUGAACUAUGGCAAUCAUGUAUAAUAUGUAUAUCAGAUGUGUAAAAAAAAA